AUGCCGAGGAAGCCAGCAAGAACCUUGAAGAGUAACUUGGAGAUGGAGGCUUUCAAGAAGACAGCUGAAGGCAAGAGGUACUUCAGAUUGAAAGCAGCUUCAGAGAAGAAGUCUCGUAUAGAAACCGCAAAGAAGAAGUAUUUGGAGGAUGCCAAGCCGCCGAAGUCAGCGCCAAGCGCCUACCAGCUUUUCGUCCAGGAGAAGAGACCUGCCCUGCAAUCUGCAGGAAAAUCAAUGCAGGAAGUCGCUAAAGAGCUCACGACAACGUGGCGCAGCCUCACAGUCGAAGAACAGAAGCCCUUUGAGGAGAGAGCUGACAAAGCCAAGGCAGAGUACGAGGAGCAGCUAGAAGCAUAUAGGUCCUCACCCGGCUACAAGAAGUUCGAGAAAUUCAAGUCGUCAAUUAACAGGAAGCCAACAAAGAAAACGAAGAAGCCGAAGGCCAAAGCCAAGGGCCGAGCAAAGGCCAAGGCCAAGGGCAGAGGACGACAGAAGGAACCGGAAAAGAAGGCUGAUAACAGCAGUACCAGCGAUGUGAUGGGCUCCGACAGUGACAGCAGCAGUAGUAGCAGUGGGUCUGACUGA